CAAAUCCAUGCAGCACCAGAAGUCGCAUUAAUGGUGGCCAUGGCGGAGCGUGUUCCAUGGAGGUACUUCAUCAACCUGUGCGGCCGUGACUUCCCCAUCAAGACGAACCUGGAGAUGGUGCGGGCGCUGCGCACCCUCAAUGGCCGCAACAGUCUGGAGACAGUGCGCAUGCCCAGGGGCAAGAGGGCGCGCUGGACCCUCAGCUACAAAGUGGCGGGCAACGAGAUCCGCUCGACGGGCCUAACCAAGCGCCCGCCGCCCAUCCCCACACCCAUGUUCGCGGGCAGCGCAUAUGUGGUGGUGACGCGCGCCUUCGUGGAGCACGUGCUGAGUGACCGGGUAGCGCGGGCCCUCAUCGAGUGGGCGGGGGAUACCUACAGCCCCGACGAGCACCUGUGGGCGACCCUCCAGCGGAUGCCCGGCGUGCCCGGCUCAACGCCCGCGCACCGGAUACACGACGUGACGGACGCGGCGGCGCUGGCGCGCCUAGUCAAGUGGUCCGCCUUCGAGGGUGAUGUGGCCGGCGGCGGGGCGGCCUAUCCGCCCUGCCGAGGCACCCAUGUCAGGGACGUCUGCGUGUAUGGCGCUGGCGACCUGGCGUGGGUGCUGCGCCAGCACCAUCUCUUCGCCAACAAGGUGGACACGGCCGUCGACCACGUGGCGGUGCACUGCCUGGAGCACCACCUGCGGAAAAAGGCGCUGGCAGAGGCGGCGCUCGUCAUAGGAAUCUAGAAUGGGAGGGGGAGGAAGGUUGAUGGCCGACACGUAUAGUUAUUUAAUAUAAAACUAUAGAGCAUAUGGCUAUAUUAUUAUAGAAGGUAAAUCAUUGAAAGACAAAUUAAGCAUGGGCACGGAAGUACAACUAUUUUGUUUCAUCAAUCCUAUGUAUUUAUUAACAUUAUACAGUGAGGGAAAAAAGUAUAUGAUCCCCUGCUGAUUUUGUACGUUUGCCCACUGACAAAGAAAUGAUCAGUCUGUCAUUUUAAUGGUAGGUUUAUUUGAAC